AUGUCUUCCAAGUUCAUCAUCCUCUCCGCUCUUCUUGCAGUGGCCGCCGCCAGCUACGUUCUGCCAUUGCUAGACACCCGCAUAGUUGGUGGAAGCGAAGCUACACCAGGACAAUACCCAUGGCAAGUCUCUUUGCAAUGGGGAGUGUUCAAUAGUCUCUCUCAUUUUUGCGGUGGCUCCAUCAUUAACAGCCAAUGGAUACUCACUGCCGGACAUUGUGCUGAAGCAGUCCCAAACUACGGUACAUUUGUCGUUAAGGCUGGUAAACAUGACCUGAAGAAGGUGGAGGGUAAUGAACAAUCCGUAAAGGUUGUGAAAUCGAUUGUCCACGAAAGCUACCCUGGAGGAGUGGCUCCGUACGACAUCGCUUUAUUGAAGCUGGCAUCACCUCUGAAACUCAACAGUGCAGUUAAGGCGAUCAAUCUGCCGAAGGCAAAUAGCGAGCCAUCCGGAAAUGCUAUUCUAACUGGUUGGGGUUCUAUAUCGAAAACCAACAGCCCGGUUAUGCCCGACAAACUCCAAAAAGCUGAACUGCCUAUCGUCGGACUGAGUGAUUGCAAGCAGGCCAUUGAGAAACUUACUGGCCCAUCUCCGUUAGAGAACACCAACGUUUGUACCGGACCACUCACUGGUGGUUACUCGGCUUGCAACGGCGAUUCCGGCGGUCCAUUGAUCCUCAACAAUAAUGGAUCCCCGGAGGUCAUUGGUAUUGUUUCCUGGGGAAUCGUACCAUGUGGAACUAAGGGUGCUCCAUCAGUAUACACCAAGACGUCUGCUUUCGUCGACUGGAUUCAAAAAACUAUUAAAUUGUUGGUAGUUUUAAGUGUCGGUUUCGUAUUGUGUGUUGAAGAGAAUGGAAUGGUUUCCAAUUUGGCGAUGCUGGCACAAAGACCAACGAGGAUUGUCGGUGGGAAGGAUGCAGAAAAAGGGUUGCACCCUUGGCAAGUUUCGAUACAUUGGGGACAUCCGGAACGAAAAAUUCGACCGAGACACGUUUGUGGGGGCAGCUUACUGACAGCUGGCUGGAUACUGACGGCUGGCCAUUGCAAAACUUUGCCACCACCGAACGGAGAAUUUACAAUAUUUGCUGGAAAAUACACGUUGGGAAUCGUUGAAGAUACCGAACAAAAAAGACUGGUAACCAAAUCGUUUGUUCAUCCACGAUAUGAUGGGAGUAUAGGACCAUACGAUAUUGCAUUGAUGCAAGUAGAAGAACCAUUCGAAUUAAAUCCAUUUGUUUCAACUGUUUCAUUGCCUUACCUUAACUCGAUUCCUACGGGUGAAGCUAUGCUCACUGGUUGGGGCAGCAUCGGAAGGACUCGGGAACCAGAAAUUCCCGAAAACCUUCAAGCCGCCAUUUUACCAAUCAUUGAUUACGAUUUGUGCAAAACGACGUUGGACAAAACAUUAAAACCUAAAGAAAAGAAUCCUCUCCAUUCCACAAAUAUUUGCACGGGACCCUUGGAUGGUAGUUUAUCAGCUUGCAAGGGCGAUUCGGGAGGACCUCUAGUCUUGAGAAACCAAUUUGAGGAAGCAGAAAUCGUAGGGAUCGUUUCAUGGGGAAUAUUCCCAUGCGGCGGGAAGAACGCACCAUCGGUUUACACCAGAGUAUCCGCCUUCCUCACGUGGGUUAAGAUAAUCGUAUUAAACUAUUCAUAA